AUGAUGAGCACGAUCGAUAUGAUCUGUUCCCUUAUGGAACUUCACCAUGUAACAGUGCGGAUCAGGUGGACGUGGAUGGAGGUGGGGGCAUCGGUAGUUGAAUACCGAGAAGACUUUAGAAGGUGUUUUGUCCACUUGAGUCCCUCCACUGCUGCUGUGGUCUCACUUCUCAGUGCCUGUUUGAUCACCAGUUCUCUCGGAGGAACAGACAAGGAGCUAAGGCUAGCAGCUGGUGAAAACAAGUGUAGUGGGAGAGUUGAAGUGAAAGUCCGAGAGGAGUGGGGAACAGUGUGCAAUAACGGCUGGAGCACGGAGGAGGUCUCUGUGAUUUGUAGGCAGCUGGGAUGCCCAACUGCUAUCCAAGCCACUGAAUGGGCUAACUCCAGUGCAGGUUCUGGACGCAUUUGGAUGGAUCGUGUUUCUUGUCGAGGGAAUGAGUCAGCCCUUUGGGACUGUAAACAUGAUGGAUGGGGAAAACAUAACUGUACUCACCAACAGGACGCUGGAGUGACCUGCUCAAAUGGGUCCAGUUUGGAGAUGAGGCUGAAGAAUGGAAGAAACCGGUGUUCAGGAAGAAUAGAGAUCAAAUUUCAGGGAAAGUGGGGAACAGUGUGUGACGAUAACUUUAACAUAGAUCAUGCUUCUGUGGUCUGUAAACAACUUGGAUGUGGAAGUGCUAUUGGUUUCUCUGGUUCAGCUACUUUUGGAGAAGGUUCUGGACCGAUCUGGUUUGAUGACCUUGCAUGCAAUGGGAGUGAGUCAGCUCUCUGGAACUGCAAACACGAAGGAUGGGGAAAUCACAACUGUGACCAUGCCGAGGACGCUGGCGUGAUUUGCUUAGAUGGAGCAGAUCUGAACCUGAGACUGGUAGAUGGAGUCACUGCAUGUUCAGGAAGAUUAGAAGUGAAAUUCCAAGGAGAAUGGGGGACAGUGUGUGAUGAUGGCUGGGACAGUCAGGAUGCCGCUGUGGCAUGUGAGCAACUGGGAUGUCCAACUGCCGUCACUGCCAUCGGUCGAGUUAAUGCCAGUGAGGGAUCUGGACACAUUUGGCUUGACAGUGUUGCCUGCCAGGGGCAUGAAUCUGCUCUCUGGCAGUGUCAACACCGCGAAUGGGGCAAGCAUUAUUGCAGUCACAAUGAAGACGCAGGUGUGACAUGCUCUGAUGGUUCAGAUCUGGAGCUGAGACUUGUAGGUGGAGGCAGCCGCUGUGCUGGGACAUUGGAGGUGGAAAUUCAGAAACUGUUAGGGAAGGUGUGUGACAGAGGCUGGGGACUGAAAGAAUCUGAUAUAGUUUGCAAGCAGCUGGGGUGUGGAUCUGCACUCAAAACAUCCUAUCAAGCGCAUUCCAAAAUUAAGGCUACAAACAUAUGGCUGUUUGUAAGCAGCUGUAAUGGAAAUGAAACUUCUCUUUGGGACUGCAAAAAUUGGCAAUGGGGUGGACUUCCUUGUGAAAACUAUGAAGAAGUCAAAAUUACCUGCUCAGGGGAUAAUGGAAAUGAAACUUCUCUUUGGGACUGCAAAAAUUGGCAAUGGGGUGGACUUCCUUGUGAAAACUAUGAAGAAGUCAAAAUUACCUGCUCAGCCCACAGGGAACCCAGACUGGUUGGAGGGGACAUUCCCUGCUCGGGUCGUGUGGAAGUGAAACAUGGUGAUACGUGGGGCUCCGUCUGCGAUUCUGACUUCUCCCUGGAAGCUGCCAGUGUGCUAUGCAGGGAAUUACAAUGUGGCACAGUCGUCUCCAUCCUGGGAGGCGCUCACUUUGGAGAAGGAAGUGGACAGAUUUGGGCUGAAGAAUUCCAGUGUGAGGGGCCCGAGUCCCACCUUUCACUCUGCCCAGUAGCGCCCCGCCCAGAUAGGACUUGCAGCCACAAAAGGGAUGUUGGAGUAGUUUGCUCAAGAUACACAGAAAUCCGCUUGGUGGAUGGCAAGUCCCCAUGUGAGGGGAGAGUGGAGCUCAAGGUGCUUGGGGCCUGGGGAUCUCUCUGCAACUCUCACUGGGAUAUAGAAGAUGCACACGUUUUUUGCCAGCAGCUUAAAUGUGGAGUUGCCCUUUCUACGCCAGGAGGAGCACGUUUUGGGAAAGGAAAUGGUCGGGUCUGGAGGCACAUGUUUCACUGCACUGGGACUGAGCAGCACAUGGGAGAUUGUCCCAUAACUGCUCUGGGUGCAGCACCAUGUUCUUCAGGUCAACUGGCCUCUGUAAUCUGCUCAGGAAACCAGACCCAGACGCUACCUCUGUGCAAUACAUCAUCCGUAGACCCAACAAGCUCUACCAUUCCAGAAGAAAGUGCUGUUGCCUGCAUAGGGAGUGGUCAACUUCGCCUGGUAAAUGGAGGAGAUCGCUGUGCCGGGAGAGUAGAGAUUUAUCAUGAGGGCUCCUGGGGCACCAUCUGUGAUGACAGCUGGGACCUGAGUGAUGCCCAUGUGGUGUGCAGACAGCUGGGCUGUGGACUGGCCAUUAAUGCCACUGGUUCUGCUCAUUUCGGGGAAGGAACAGGACCCAUCUGGCUGGACGAGAUAAACUGCAGUGGAAAAGAAUCUCAUGUUUGGCAGUGUCACUCACAUGGUUGGGGGCGGCACAACUGCAGGCACAAGGAGGACGCAGGAGCCAUCUGUUCAGAGUUCAUGUCCCUGAGACUGGCCAGUGACACCAGCAGAGAGACCUGUGCAGGGCGACUGGAAGUUUUCUACAAUGGAGCGUGGGGCAGCGUUGGCAGGAGUAACAUGUCUGCGACCACCGUGGGGGUCGUAUGCAGGCAGCUGGACUGUGCAGACACAGGGAAUAUCAACCCUGCAUCUUUAGACAAGGCAACGUCCAUGCACAUGUGGGUGGACAAUGUGCAGUGUCCAAAAGGACCUGACACGUUAUGGCAGUGCUCGUCAUCUCCAUGGAAGCAGAGACCGGCCAGUCCCUCAGAGGAGACCUGGAUCACAUGUGCCAAUAAGAUAAGACUUCGAGAAGGAAACACUAGUUGUUCUGGACGUGUGGAGGUCUGGUACAGAGGCUCCUGGGGAACAGUGUGUGACGAUUCCUGGGACCUGGACGAUGCUCAGGUGGUGUGUCGACAGCUGGGCUGUGGCUCAGCUCUGGAAGCACUAAAAGAAGCGACAUUUGGUCAAGGGACUGGACCCAUAUGGCUCAACGAAGUGAAGUGCAGAGGGAAUGAAUCCUCCUUGUGGGAUUGUCCUGCCAAACGCUGGGGGCACAGUGACUGUGGGCACAAGGAAGAUGCUGCAGUGAAGUGCUCAGAUAUUCCAAAGACCAAAAGAUCACCAAAUGCCACAGGUCACAUUGCCAUCGGGAUCCUUGGGGUCCUUCUGCUGGCAGUUCUCAUCGCAUUGCUCUUGUGGACGCAGAAAAGAAGACAGAGACAGCGGCUUACAGUUUCCUCAAGAGGAGAAAAUUGCGUCCACCAAGUUCAAUACCGGGAGAUGAAUUCUUGUCUGAAUGCACAUGAUCUGGACCCAGGGAAUUCCUCAGAGAGCAGACAGCUUCGCCUGGUGAACGGGAGCAGGCACUGUGCCGGGAGAGUGGAAAUCUUUCACCAGGGCUCUUGGGGCACCGUCUGUGAUGACAGCUGGGACUUGAGUGAUGCCCACGUGGUGUGCAGACAGCUGGGCUGUGGAGAGGCCCUCAAUGCCACCGUCUCUGCUCACUUUGGGGCAGGAUCAGGGCCCAUCUUGCUGGACGACCUGAGCUGCACAGGAAAAGAGACCCGCGUGUGGAACUGCCCUUCCCGGGGCUGGGGACAGCACAACUGCAAUCACGGGGAGGACGCAGGGGUCAUCUGCUCAGAGUACAGAAAAGUCCGGCUCAUGAAAAAUGGCGUUGCUCAGUGUGAGGGACAAGUGGAGAUGAAUGUUUCUGGAGACUGGAGAACGCUCUGUGCCUCCCAUUGGAACAUGGCCAAUGCCAAAGUUGUUUGUCAUCAGCUUGGCUGUGGAGUUGCCAUCUCUACCCCAAAAGGAGCAUACUUUGUGGAAAGAGGUGUUAAGAUCUGGAAAGACCGAUUUGACUGCUCAGGGGCUGAGUCCUUCCUGUGGAAUUGCCCCGUGACUGCCCUGGGCAUUCCAGACUGUACCCGUGGACACACGGCCUCUGUGGUCUGCUCAGGAAGCCAGACCCCUCUGCUGUCCCAGUGCAAAGACUCCUUAUCUGCCCCAGCAGGCUCUGCAGCCUCAGAGGAGAGUGCUGUCAACUGCUCAGAGAGCAGACAGCUCCGCCUGGUGGACGGGGACAGUCGCUGCGCCGGGAGAGUGGAGAUCCUUCACCAGGGCUCCUGGGGCACCGUCUGCGAUGACAGCUGGGACCUGAGCAAUGCCCGCGUGGUGUGCAGACAGCUGGGCUGUGGAGAGGCCCUCAAUGCCACGGUCUCUGCUCACUUCGGGGCGGGAUCUGGGCCCAUCUGGCUGGACGACGUGAGCUGCACAGGAAAGGAGUCCCACGUGUGGAAGUGCCCUUCCCGGGGCUGGGGGCAGCACAACUGCAAUCACGGGGAGGACGCAGGGGUCAUCUGCUCAGGUCCGCACUGCACAUGGUCCAUAGGCCGGGGGAGGAGGUUGGAAGGGGUCUCAAGUCUGGGCCUCCGCCUGGUGGACGGGGACAGUCGCUGCGCCGGGAGAGUGGAGAUCCUUCACCAGGGCUCCUGGGGCACCGUCUGCGAUGACAGCUGGGACCUGAGCAAUGCCCGCGUGGUGUGCAGACAGCUGGGCUGUGGAGAGGCCCUCAAUGCCACGGUCUCUGCUCACUUCGGGGCGGGAUCUGGGCCCAUCUGGCUGGACGACCUGAACUGCACAGGAAAGGAGUCCCACGUGUGGAAGUGCCCUUCCCGGGGCUGGGGGCAGCACAACUGCAAUCACGGGGAGGACGCAGGGGUCAUCUGCUCAGAGAGCAGACAGCUCCGCCUGGUGGACGGGGACAGUCGCUGCGCCGGGAGAGUGGAGAUCCUUCACCAGGGCUCCUGGGGCACCGUCUGCGAUGACAGCUGGGACCUGAGCGAUGCCCACGUGGUGUGCAGACAGCUGGGCUGUGGAGAGGCCCUCAAUGCCACGGUCUCUGCUCACUUCGGGGCGGGAUCUGGGCCCAUCUGGCUGGACGACCUGAACUGCACAGGAAAGGAGUCCCACGUGUGGAAGUGCCCUUCCCGGGGCUGGGGGCAGCACAACUGCUGGCACAAGGAGGACGCAGGGGUCAUCUGCUCAGAGUUCCUCGCCCUCCGGAUGGUCAGCGAGGAUCAGGAGUGUGCUGGGUGGCUGGAAGUUUUCUACAACAACACCUGGGGCAGUGUCUGCGGAAGCUCCAUGGAAGCCAUGACCUUGUCCAUGAUCUGCACACAGCUUGGCUGUGGGGACAGUGGGACUCUCAACUCUUCUGUCGCUCUCAGGGAAGGUUCUAGACCUCAAUGGGUGGAUGGCAUCCAGUGUCGGAAAACUGACACCUCCUUCUGGCAGUGUCCUUCUGACCCUUGGAAAUACAGAUCUUGCUCUCCAAAAGAGGAAGCUUAUGUUAUGUGUGCAGACAGGGACAAGCUCCGACUCAGGGGAGGAGACAGCGUGUGCUCAGGGCGAGUGGAGGUUUGGCACGAAGGCUCCUGGGGCACAGUAUGUGAUGACUCCUGGGGCCUGGCAGAGGCUGAAGUGGUGUGUCAGCAGCUGGGCUGUGGCUCUGCCCUGGACGCCCUGGGGGAGGCUGCGUUUGGCCCAGGAAAUGGCAGCAUCUGGCUGGACGAGGUGCAGUGCAGGGGCAAGGAGUCCUCCCUGUGGGCCUGUGCUGCGGAGCCCUGGGGGCAGAACAACUGCAAGCAUGAAGAGGACGCUGGAGUGAGGUGCUCUGGCUCAGCUCCCGUCUCCGGCAUCUUCUCCUUACCUGGGAUCCUCUGCGUCCUACUGGGUACCCUUCUUUUCCUGGUCCUUAUCAUCCUGGGGAUUCAGCUGCGCAGAUGGAGAGCAGGGCAUCAAGCCUCAUCCACUUUUGAAGACCUUUUCGAUGAGGCCUUGUACCAGGAGGCAUCGACAUUAGGACACAAGGAUUAUGAAAAGGGAGGGAAAUAUGGCAAACCUCCAGUAAUGGAUCCUGAAGAAAGGGAAAUUUUUGGAAUGACUGACAAAAAUUUCAGAAUAAUGCCUUAA